CUGACUUUCAACAUGGCGCACGCUGGUGGCGGCGGCGGCGGCGGCGGCACCCCCGCGGGCCGGGGGCUGAGCGGAGCUCGCUGGGGUCGCUCGAGCUCCGCUGGCCACGAGAAGCUGCCGGUGCACGUGGAGGACGCCCUCACCUACCUGGACCAGGUGAAGAUCCGUUUCGGCAGCGACCCUGCCACCUACAACGGCUUCCUAGAGAUCAUGAAGGAGUUUAAAAGCCAAAGCAUCGACACUCCUGGGGUCAUCAGACGCGUGUCCCAGCUGUUUCACGAGCACCCGGACCUCAUCGUUGGCUUCAACGCGUUCCUCCCCCUGGGAUACCGGAUAGACAUCCCCAAGAACGGCAAGUUAAACAUGCAGUCGCCACUGACCAGCCAGGAGAACUCACACAACCACAGCGACUACAAUGAUGAUUUCAAGCAGCAGGUGCUGUAUAAGGAGGACAAGCCCCAGGUGCCCCUGGAGUCAGACUCCGUGGAGUUCAACAACGCCAUCAGCUACGUCAAUAAGAUCAAGACCCGCUUCCUUGACCACCCGGAGAUCUACCGCUCAUUCCUGGAAAUACUGCACACGUACCAGAAGGAGCAGCUGAGCACGAAGGGCCGGCCAUUCCGAGGCAUGUCUGAAGAAGAAGUCUUCACCGAGGUGGCCAACCUCUUCCGGGGUCAGGAGGACCUGCUCUCCGAGUUUGGCCAGUUCUUGCCUGAGGCGAAACGAUCCCUGUUCACAGGAAAUGGGCCAUGUGGGAUGAACAGUACCCCAAAGGGGGAGCCAGAGAAGAUUCCAGAACAUAGCAAGAAGCGUGCCCGGCCCUCACUGCUCCGCCCCGUGUCUGGUCCAGCCAAGAAGAAGAUGAAGCUCCGUGGGACCAAGGACCUGUCCAUCGCCGCCGUGGGCAAGUAUGGGACCCUGCAGGAGUUCUCUUUCUUCGACAAGGUGCGCCGGGUUCUGAAGAGCCAAGAGGUCUACGAGAACUUCCUCCGCUGCAUCGCGCUCUUCAACCAGGAGCUGGUGUCUGGCUCCGAGCUCCUGCAGCUGGUCAGCCCGUUCCUGGGGAAGUUUCCAGAACUCUUUGCCCAGUUCAAGUCCUUCCUGGGGGUGAAGGAGCUGUCCUUUGCCCCACCCUUGAGUGACCGGUCAGGGGAUGGGAUCAGUCGGGAGAUCGACUACGCAUCCUGCAAGCGCAUCGGCUCCAGCUACCGGGCGCUGCCCAAGACCUACCAGCAGCCCAAGUGCAGCGGGAGGACAGCCAUUUGCAAGGAGGUGCUGAACGACACCUGGGUCUCCUUCCCUUCCUGGUCCGAAGACUCCACCUUUGUCAGCUCUAAGAAGACGCCGUACGAGGAGCAGCUGCACCGCUGUGAGGACGAGCGCUUUGAGCUGGAUGUCGUCCUGGAGACCAACCUGGCCACGAUCCGCGUGCUGGAGAGCGUGCAGAAGAAGCUGUCGCGCAUGGCCCCGGAGGACCAGGACAAGUUCCGCCUGGACGACUGCCUGGGUGGCGCCUCUGAGGUCAUCCAGCGGCGCGCCAUCUACCGCAUCUAUGGCGACAAGGCCCCCGAGAUCAUUGAGAGCCUCAAGAAGAACCCCGCCACUGCCGUACCUGUCGUCCUCAAGAGGCUGAAAGCCAAGGAGGAGGAGUGGCGGGAGGCGCAGCGCGGCUUCAACAAGGUGUGGCGGGAGCAGUACGAGAAGGCCUACCUCAAGUCCCUCGACCACCAGGCCGUCAACUUCAAGCAGAACGACACCAAAGCCCUGCGCUCCAAGAGCCUGCUCAACGAGAUCGAGAGCGUCUACGACGAGCACCAGGAGCAGCACUCCGAGGGCCGCAGCGCCCCCGCCAGCGAGCCCCACCUCAUCUUCGUCUAUGAGGACCGGCAGAUCCUGGAGGACGCAGCGGCCCUGGUCAGCUACUACGUGGCGCGGCAGCCGGCCAUCCAGAAGGAGGACCAGGCCACCAUCCAGCAGCUGCUGCACCAGUUCGUGCCCAGCCUCUUCUUCUCACAGCCUCUGGACCCUGGGGCCUCUGAGGAGUCGGCCGAUGAGGACAGAGAGGGAACACGGGGCCCAGGCUCGGAGGCCAGUGAGCGGAAGCGGCCGGGGGCAACUAGCAGCCCCCCAGAGGAAAAGGGACCCCCAGGGGACAGCCCAGCGCCUGGGCCACAGCCCACACCCCUAGAUGAUGUCUACAGCCUUUUCUUUGCCAACAACAACUGGUACUUCUUCCUGCGCCUGCACCAGACGCUGUGUGCCCGGCUGCUCAAGCUCUACCGCCAGGCUCAGAAGCAGCUGCUGGAGUACCGGGCGGAGAAGGAGCGUGAGCAGCUGCUGUGCGAGGGCCGGCGCGAGCGGGGCAGCGACCCCGCCAUGGAGCUGCGCCUGAAGCAGCCCAGUGAGGUGGAGCUGGAGGAGUACUACCCCGCCUUCCUGGACAUGGUGCGGAGCCUGCUGGAGGGGACCAUUGACCCGACGCAGUACGAAGACACGCUGCGAGAGAUGUUCACCAUCCACGCCUACAUCGGCUUCACCAUGGACAAGCUGGUGCAGAACAUUGCGCGGCAGCUGCACCACCUGGUGAGCGACGACGUGUGUCUCAAGGUGGUGGAACUCUACCUGAACGAGAAGAAGCGCGGGGCCGCUGGCGGGAACCUGUCCUCGCAGAGUGUCCGCGCCGCCCGCGAGACCAGCUACCAGUGGAGGGCGGAGCGGUGCAUGGCUGACGAGAACUGCUUCAAGGUGAUGUUCCUCCAACGCAAAGGGCAGGUGAUCAUGACCAUUGAGCUCCUGGACACAGAGGAGGCCCAGACAGAUGACCCUGUGGAGGUGCAGCACCUGUCCAGCUACGUGGAGCAGUACGUGGGCACGGAGGGCACUGCCAGCUCACCCAGUGAGGGCUUCCUGCUGAAGCCAGUGUUCCUGCAAAGGAACCUGCGGAAGUUCCGGCGGUGGCAGUGCGCACAGGUACGGGCGCUGCGUGGCGAGGCCAAGGGCACGUGGAAGCGGCUGGUGGGUGUGGAGAGCGCGUGCAGUGUGGACUGCCGCUUCCGCCUCAGCACCCACAAGAUGAUGUUCAUCGUCAACUCUGAGGACUACAUGUACCGCCGUGGCGCCCUCGGCCGCGCCAAGCAGGUGCAGCCCCUGGUGCUGCUCCGGCACCACCGGCACUUUGAGGCGUGGCACGGACGCUGGCUAGAGGACCACGUGCCUGUCGAAGCGGCCAGCCUGGUGCAGGACUGGCUGAUGGGUGAGGAGGAUGAGGACCUGGUGCCCUGCAAGACACUGUGUGAGACAGUGCGUGUGCACGGGCUCCCUGUUACCCGCUACCGCGUGCAGUACAGCCGACGGCCUGCCUCGCCUUGA